GGGGGAUAGAAAACAGUUGACCUGUUCCUUCCCACGCGAAUAACUGCAGUGAAUUGAUGUAUUCGAGUUAAUGUGCUUCAGGUUGAUCAGACAAUGGGAAAUGAACACAGAGGUGUGCACACACCUGGAGGCAGUGUUUUCAGUUGUUGUUGUUGUUGUUGUUGUCCGUCUUGCUGCCCUCUGCCGGCUGUAGCCGGUUGCCCUAGUUACCACAUACCGGUCGCAAGAUGGCCGCCUCGGUAGUAGAGAGGCGCCCGAGUGCUGGCUGACGACUCAGUCCCUGCAGCUUGCAGCCACUGGGUGGACUCCCACCAUUUGUUUCAUUUUUUGCCUCCUUCCCCCUCUCCAGAAAACUUUUGAGUGCUUCUCUCUCUCUCUCUUUUGAAGACGGCAGCAGCAACAACAACUGGUCAUGGCGUGCACUUUGCACCAGUAAGGCUACCGACAUGGAACCGUCCGAGCUGCAGCCGCCUCAAAUGCAAAGGGAAAACAAAAAAUCAGGGGAUGUAGCUUCUGAAGAUAUUGAAUCAGAUGAAUAUUCUGAUGAAUCUAGCAUUGAAGGUUUUUAUGGAACUUCACCACCUAGUACCCAACGACAGAUAAAACGCAUGUCAACUAAACAUCACAGGAAUAACGUUGGGAAAACAGACAGUCGCUCUGGUAAUAAAGAAAAGGUGACUGUGCCAAAGCAGCUGACAUCUAAAGACAAGAACAUUGAAAAUGUAACUGUAAUCAGUGAUAAGCAUGGGAAGAAACAACGCUCCAAUAUGCGAACAACAGAAAGAGACCAUAAGCAAACAGUGCAAUGUGCAUUUAUGUUAGACCCUAUCACUGGGUCUUCUGCAAAGAAUUCAGUUCCUAACAAGCCUUACCUCUGCCUUAGCUGUAGUAACUCCAACUCUCCAGUCUCGGUGCCCGUUAACAGGCCAACACGGCAAACUUCUAGAACAGAUUGCCCAGCUGACCGCUUGAAAUUCUUUGAAACUUUGCGAUUACUUCUUAAGCUUACCUCAGUUUCUAAACGAAAGGAGAAGGAGCAGAGGGGUCAGGAAAAUACCUCUUAUGAAUUGAACAGAUCAAAUGAACUUAUUUGGCUGGAGCUACAGGCCUGGCAUGCAAGUCGUAGCAUAAGUGAUCAGGAUGUUUACCUAUACACUGCGCGCCAAGCUGUCCCUGAUAUUAUUGAUGAAGUUUUGAACUUCAAAGUAAAUUAUGGAAAUCUCUGUGCUUGCAAAAGGGAUGGUUAUGCUGAUGCUGCUGGAGAUGAUGAGAUUUUUCAACAGAAGACUGAAUGUUUUAGGACUUCAGGAACACAUGUCUUUGGUCACAGUAAUUAUCAGGAACACAUCCAGUGUCAGAGAGUUGCAUUUGAGCAGGUUAAAAGUAUUAUGGAGCUGCUAGAGUCUGUGGAAGCACUUUAUCCAUCAUUGCAGGCCCUUCAGAAAGACUAUGAGAGGUAUGCUGCAAAGGACUUUCAAAGCAGAGUGCAGGCGCUCUGCUUAUGGCUAAACAUAACUAAAGAUCUGAACCAGAAAUUGAACUUAAUGCGCACAGUCUUGGGCAUUGAGAAAUUACCAAACAUUGGCUGGCCAGUGUUUGAAAUUCCAUCUCCUCGUCCUUCUGGAGCAAGUGACCCAGAUGAGGAAGAGGACAAUAGUGACAACUGCUCACAGACUUGCCUGUUGGAAAAUGAAGAUGCGCUUGGACAUGAAGAUGAAAUCACUGAGUCAGAAAAUGACAGAGAAUAUAGUGCAUGUAAGCACAAAGCAGGGAUACAUGUUCAUUUUCAGUCUUUGGAUGGUCUCCCAAAGAAAUUUGAAAGAUCCAUGUCUGAAGAUGAAGCACCAUUAAUGGGAAAUCAGACUGCUGAGUGCCCAUCUGACACUAGUGUCAACAGAAAUUGUCAAACCUCUAUUUAUAGGCCUUUUGUUGAUAAAGCACUGAAACAAAUGGGAUUACGGAAGCUCAUAAUGAGACUUCACAAGUUAAUGGAUGGGUCCCUACAAAGGACUCGAAUAGCACUGGAGAAAGAUGUUAGUACACUGGAGUUCUCAGCUGUUCCGGAGCCUUUGAGCUGCCAUGACUAUCUUCCUGAAUUGUCUCACAUGUCUUCCUGCACAGAGCAGAAAGGCAGUACUGUGUCCUGGGAACAGCUGGAGGCCAUGGAACUCCCAUCUUUCCAGCCUGCCUACUUGGUUUUAUGUCGUGUUCUCCUCAAUGUUAUUCAUGAAUGCUUGAAACUGAGGUUGGAGCAGAGACCUGCAGGAGAGCCAUCAUUGCUCAGCAUUAAACAGUUAGUCAGAGAGUGCAAGGAAGUACUGAAGGGUGGCCUACUUAUGAAACAGUAUUAUCAGUUCAUGCUGCAUGGGAUCAUGGAUGAAUUCCAGCGACAGCAGAAGGUUAACAGCAAUAUUGAUGAAUUUGAGGAAGAUCUACAUAAAAUGUUGAUUGUUUAUUUUGAUUAUAUGCGGAGUUGGAUACAGAUGCUGCAGCAUUUACCCCAAGCUUCUCACAGUCUGAAGAACCUUCUUGAAAUAGAAUGGAACUUUACCAAAGAAAUAACCCCCUGCAUAAGAGGAGGAGAGGCCCAAGCAGGCAAACUCUUCUGUGAUAUAGCUGGAAUGUUACUGAAGUCCACUGGAGAGUUCUUAGAUUCUGGACUUCAGCAAAGCUGUGAUGAAUUUUGGGCAAGUGCUGAUGAUAGUACUGCAUCAGAUGAAAUCAGAAGGUCUGUUAUCGAGACUAGUCGCGCAUUAAAAGAGCUCUUUCAUGAAGCUCGGGAGAGAGCAUCCAAAGCUCUAGGAUUUGCUAAAAUGCUAAGAAAGGACCUAGAAAUAGCAGCAGAAUUUACUUUGUCAGCUCCUGUGCCAGAAGUUUUGGAAGCUCUUAAAACAAAAAAAUAUGUCCAGGUUCAAAUCCCUGGUCUAGAGAACCUGCAUAUUUUUGUUUCAUUUGAGCUUGCAGAGCGAAAGUCUCAAAUACUUCAGCUGCUUAGUGCGACAGCUGGCAAGGACUGCUCAAAGGAAUCCGAUGAAUCAGUGGAUGAAGCUUGUUUGCUUCUCAUAAAAGAUGACCCUAAGGAUAAAGAGCAGGAAGAUAAUUGGAAAUUGUGGGGAGGCCAGUCAAUCAAAGUACUGCCACAGGUAGAAACUAUGGAUACAUUAAGAAGUAUGGAGAUUAAUAAUUUAUUGUUGGUCGUCAUGCAGUCUUCCCAUCUUGUGAAUCAACGUAAAACAUUUCAACAAUCCAUACAAAAUCUAAUGUCUCUGCACCGUGAACAAACAUCCAGCCAGCCUGUUAUAGCCAAAGCUUUAGAACAGCUGAAGCAAGACGCAUUGUUGCUGUGCAAUAAGAUUAGCAAUGCAAUUGAUAGGAUUGACAAGAUGUUUAGUUCUGAAUUUGAAGCGGAAAUGGAUGAAUCUGAACGUGCAACUUUACAACAGUACUACAGGGAAACCAUGAUUCAAAGUUAUAACUUUGGUUUUGAGUAUCACAAAGAAGUUGUGCGUCUAAUGUCUGGAGAAUUCAGGCAGAAAAUGGGGGACAAAUUUAUAAACUUUGCUAGAAAAUGGAUGACGUAUGUGCUCACAAAAUGUGAAAGCGGAAGGGGAACAAGACCCAGAUGGGCAACUCAAGGCUUUGAUUUCCUUCAGGCAAUCGAAGCAGUAUUUAUUUCAGCUCUUCCAGAAGAUGACUUUGUGAGUUUGCAGUCUCUAAUGAAUGAGUGCAUCGGUCAUGUGAUAGGAAAGCCUCAUAGCCCUGUGACAGGAAUUCAUAGGAAUAGUCCUCGUCCUAUCAAAGUACCUCGAUGCCAUAGUGACCCACCAAAUCCUCAUCUCAUCAUCCCGGCACCUGAGGGAUUCAGCCCGAGGAGUCUUGGCUGUGAAGUGCGGAACCAAUGUGUUGCUGCUGUUAUUCGUUCACCUCCUAUAAUUGGUGACCUCAAUCUCGUCAAAUCUGCAAGCACUGCUAAUGAAUUAAGGGGUUCGAGUGUCCCUGAAAAUGACCGUCUAGCGUCCAUAGCAGCUGAACUGCAAUUCAAGUCAUUAAGCCGACAUUCCAGUCCCACUGAAGAUCGUGAGGAACCUAUAUAUCCUAAAGGAGAUCCCAGUGUUAGUGCACGCAGAAGCUGGGAGCUUCGCUCUCUGUUAAGUCAGCCAAAAGAUAUAGCUGCUAAGCAAAGUCGAAUUGACAUUGUUCGCAAGUCAAUUAAAUCCUUUGAGGAGCAACAGAACCAGCAGAUGAAGCAAAAGAAUAUCAUUGGCCAAGUCUGUGACAUUCCGAAAUCUUACGAUAAUGUCAUGCAAGUUGGAUUAAGAAAAGUAACAUUUAAGUGGCAGAGAGGAAACAAAAUAGGUGAAGGACAGUAUGGAAAAGUGUACACUUGUAUUAAUGUUGAUACUGGAGAACUAAUGGCAAUGAAGGAAAUCAGAUUCCAGCCAAAUGAUCAUAAAACAAUCAAGGAGACAGCAGAUGAAUUGAAAAUUUUUGAAGGCAUCAAACACCCUAACCUGGUACGGUAUUUUGGUGUAGAACUGCAUCGGGAAGAAAUGUAUAUCUUUAUGGAAUAUUGUGAUGAAGGCACACUAGAAGAGGUGGCGAGGCUGGGUCUACAGGAACAUGUAAUACGAUUGUACACCAAGCAGAUUUCUACUGCAAUCAAUGUACUGCAUGAACAUGGAAUUGUACACCGAGAUAUCAAGGGUGCCAAUAUCUUCCUCACCUCAUCGGGUCUGAUCAAACUGGGGGACUUCGGUUGUUCAGUAAAACUGAAGAAUAUCGCACAGACCAUGCCUGGUGAAGUGAACAGUACCCUUGGCACUGCUGCUUACAUGGCUCCUGAAGUUAUUACUAGAGCAAAAGGUGAAGGGCAUGGACGUGCUGCAGAUGUUUGGAGCCUGGGGUGUGUCCUUGUGGAAAUGGUCACAGGCAAGAGACCUUGGCAUGAAUAUGAACAUAACUUCCAAAUAAUGUACAAGGUAGGAAUGGGUCACAAGCCUCCCAUCCCGGAGAGAUUAAGUCCAGAAGGCAAAGAUUUCCUGUCUCAUUGCCUAGAGAGUGAUCCAAAACACCGGUGGACAUCUAGUCAACUCCUAGAUCAUCCAUUUGUUAAGGUUUGCUGUGAUGAAGAAUGAAGCUGCCUGAACAAGGGCUCUAGUGGUCUCCACAACACACGAGAAGCAAUCACUACUGCAAGUGCCAAGAACACUGUACAACUAAGGGUCGUACUGACAGGGGUCAUUGUACCACUGCUUCUGUGAAGCUGAUAGGCCAAGACUGCACAUGUUGGGCAAUUGACUGUCUAGCAAUUUAAAAUAAGCUGCAUGCUCAAUUGGAAGUGCCAUUACUACUGUACAGACUGUUGUGGGUUCCUGUUCUUUUGCCCCACCCCUUUCACAUUUGGGAACUGUAAAACAAAUCUGUAGUGUGUCAGUUUUCUAUAGGUUCCUUCCCAUUUUGUGUUGUUAAAUAUUCUGAUUUGUAAAAUGUUUUUAUCUCCUGUUUGUUGUGCUAUAAACACCUAUUAUACUGUGGAUUAAGAAUGCACUGACUCCCAAGAACGUUUGCAUAUCUGAGUUUGUUAUGGAAGGAUGUAGACUGAUUAAUGAAAUACAAUUGCUUUCCAAUAAAUUCUUUAUUUUAGGAACGUUGUGUUGAUGAAAAUGUACAUUGAGUCUCUCCAAUAUGUGAUUCAAGCAACAUGGCCACAGGCCUCACCAGUGACAGUUUUGUUGAUAGUCUUCAUAUAUGGGAUAAAAAUGCUACUUUCAGCUUAGUUGAUUUAUCUGACCUGUAACAGUAUCCUUUGAAUUAUUUUAGCCAGGUUCAUAUUAACUUAACUGAUGCAUAUUUUCUUAGCAUAGUGAUGUCACAGCAUUGUCUGUCUUUAUUCAGUAAGGCAUUGAUCAGUUUUAUGAAAUGUAGUUAUGAAAUUAUUCAAGUGUCAUUCUUUCUUCCUUUUACAAUGUGUGUUCUUUGAAGAUAUCCAAAUUGAGGUAGACAAAUUUUAAAGUUUAAUAAUUUGGCACUGUUUGCAAUAUUUAUUUACAUUCAUUGAUCAAGGAUAGUGCAUCUUAUUUCAAAAAUGUCAGUAAACCAAUGAAAAUACAUUCCAUUUUAAUUAGGUAACAUAAACAUUUCAUAAGCUAAGUAUUUCUGAGACAAAACAACUCAUUAGUAACCGGUUCCAGUUACUGUGAUUCUUUUGUAUUGGAAACAUAACAGCAAGUUAAUUUCAAAAUGCUGAGAGUGCCAUUUCUGAAAGCAAGCACCUAAAUCAUUAGUAAUGAACUGCCAAAUGAAAAAAAGCUUCAACAGGAUUCAUGUGCCUGAAGUUGAGGAUGAAGGGUCUACUUUGUGUCUCUUCAGGAAGAGAAACCUGAAAAUGUAUUACUCAGUGUCUUCAACAGCAACUCUACUCCUACGUGGUCACAGUCUAUACCAGCACUUAUUCUCCCAGAAGCCUUCAAACAGGAAUUACAAUAUCACUACUCCAGAACUGACAAAGCCUGUCUUUUAGAUACAAGUGAGCAACUUUUAGAUACAAGUGAGCAACUCGAUAGCCACUUUGUUGGGGCAGUUAAGCUUGUUGUUUGGAGUCACAAAUAAACGACACUGGGUAAAGUUGAAAGGGCAGACUUCAUUCUGCAAAGAACAUUGCUGACCCCAUUAGAGUUUGCGAUAAUCCUGUUGCUUAAUGAUCAUUUUUAAUUUUAUUUCUAGACAUUUUAAACUAAAUGAAAAUUCUCAAACUGACCUGCUGCACUUUGAAUUUAGAUUUUGUAGAUUAUUAGCAAAAUAACAACUAAUAUAUUCCACAUCCUAAUAAUUUUAUAUUAAAGAUGAGUUUGAUCAAUUAAAUAUGCUAUUUACAUCAUGACAUUUAGCAGUAACUCUGCAUUUUUCUUGUCUGAUCAUCAAAGUGCCAUCAAUUCAGUAAAAUUAUCACUUUUAAUUGAUUGUAAUAAAAGAGGAGCUAUGACAACUGUUUCAAUUAGGUAAAUUGUUUAGGCAUAGGAAAUUGAGUUUUGGUGUCAUGAAUGGCAUCAAUCGCACCUUAAUUUCCAGGGACUUAUACACAUUAAAAUGAAAUCUACAACAUAUUAGUCUCUAGAAAAUUCCAUUGACUAUUUUAGAUCCGUAUUUGAAUGGAUAGAAUGUUGAUUGUUUUUCAGCUCAUGUUCAUCUUAAUGUUGCUGCUUUAAAUGAAAUAAGCUGAAGUUCACGAUAUGAAACCGCUUCUUUGUCGGGGCCUGAUGUACUUCAUUCUUUGUCCAGUAGUGACAGUAUGCCAUUGUUGCAAUGGUGCAGUUGAUCACUGUGUCCUUGUUACAGAUGUAAAUUUUGCCUUCAAAUUGCUGCUUUGAAUUAUUUUCAUUUUUGUCAGAUCUCAGACUAAGUGCAAUUUUUUUUAUUGCUGUCUGGUAUUCUAGGUUUUGAUGUGUUUUUUAAAAGUUGGGAAAGUGUUUUUGCUGGUUAUUAUUUAGUAUUUGGAGCAUGUGUUCAGACAGCAUUUUAAGUAUAUGCAUACACAGCUAGUGGUAGACUAUUAUCUGGGAUUGCUGCUGCUUUGAGGCACCGUCUGCAUCAUGGAGUAGGGUCACAAGUAAGUUAUUCUGUUCAUUUUGACUUCUAUUUUGGCCAGGCAGGCCUCAAAUCAGCUGGGUAUGUGGGAAUUGGCUCAGAUGGUUUGUAUGAAUGUCCCAUAAUGUUAGUUUAUUAUUUGUAUAUUAAUCCGGCUUUGAGUCUAGCUGAUUUAAAGUGUGGAAGGGGCAGCAUUUAUGCAAUAGUUGGGUUUGGGGGGAAGAGAGGGACGUUGAUUAUUCAGAUUAAUUGAUCGGAAAUUGAGAAUGGCAGAAUAAUGGUUUGUCCAACUGCCAGACUGGAAAGAAGAGUCUUACUGGGGUGGUGGGGGAAGAGUGGAGAGAUGACAGGGUGAA